GGCCCCCUCUCCCAAGGGCAUCCCUGCGCGGAGACAGCAGAGCUCUCCAAGGGACAGCAGGCUGUUCACCCCCUCCGGCAGGGUCCUUGCUUUCUCACAUGGUUGGGGAGGGGUGUCUGCCUGCUCCCCGCUGCCUCCCACCGGGUACCGGAGAAGGACACAGUGACGGCAGAGACGCCGCUGGCCCCACAGCAGGGCAGACCUCCCCAGGGCUACUGUCUAGCCCUGCUCACGCUCACGUUGAACAUGAAUCCGGAGCAGUCAUCCUGGGAAGAAAGGGGUUGGCGAUCUAUGUAAGGCACCCACCUUUGCGUCUCGGCUCCCCUACUCUGACUCCAUGCACCCCUACCUGAAUGCAAAAGUGCUUCCUGGUGAGAUUGCGUUGAAACACCCCAGGCUUUCCUGGAAUGAGAUAGUGUCGCCUAACCAGCUCCUGAGACCCUGUGACCCGAAGGUCUGGCCAUUUCCCCACCCAAGAAAAUGCAGGGAAAGAGCAGAGACGGUGCAGAAGCCCUUGGAGGGGUGAGGCUGCCAGCAGCAGAGGUGUGGGUUCUAGGGCCUACAUGUGCAGAGUAAAUGCUUUCACUCUGCCAGCCGGAGAGAAACAGAAGCCCCACCCCUGUAAGGAACUGCACACAUCGCCCAGAGGCCCUCCAGUGAGUCCGUUCAGAGGCUUUCUAUCCCCAACACAAAUAUGAUCGAGAGCGCCCCAUGGGCGACAGUCCCAUUGUAGAAUGUGCUGCCCCAUUGUCCCUCAGAGCCUGCUUUAACUCGUCAGACAGCGCAUCAUGCUUGCUAUGGAGAAUGCAUCCGCGGCGCCCAUAGGUGGCUAGACCAACGCCCAGCCGCUCCCUGAAGCAGCUUCCUCACACAGCCUUGACCGCUGGCCCCCAGCCCUUCCUGUCCUCACGUUGAAGCACCCAACACCCACCUACCGCCCAGCCCUCGGCGAUGUGCUCGCGACACACGACACACACAGCCACACACAGAGACGGCAUGCGCAGCACAGGGCUAUCAACGGGGGCCGGUCCGACCUCGGGCACCACUCACAGCCCCUCCUUCGAAUGUCCCCCUGGAGCUGUCUUUCUUUGGAUCCAGUUCAAGGGGGUGGAGACUCGGUGAGAGUCAUCAGCUGCCCCUUCCCUCUGCCUUCCCAGCAGGUCUCUUAUCUCUGUCUCACAAGUCACCCCUGGCCCCUCUUCCUUCCUGGUGCUCGAAGACUCCAUCCCUGCUGGAAACCCCCCUGGCUUCUCAGCCCCCCUUUCCACCUUCGGGAAAACACCCGCUAUCUGCCGGCCAUCUUUUUCCUUUCCUGAGUGCAGGUCCCCACCAGUGAAAUCCAACCUCAAAACAGGAAGCCCCGGGCGAUUGCCCCUUCUGGGCCUGAGCUUGAGGCGGGCCAUGGGUGUGGGGCGAAGGCUUCCUGAAUGCCCGGCUCCCCCCCACUGCCUAUGCCCUGGCCCUGCCCAGAACUGAUGGCCUUCAUUAGCCCCUGGCACUUAUCUUGGAGCCGCAGCCACCCACGGGACGUUCCCAGCCCUUCUCUCUGCCUGCCCUUAGCCCAGCAGCGCCAUGGGGAACUGUCUGCAGCACCAGGUGGCGAAUGAGGACGCUACUAAGUUCACCUUCGAAGAUGACAUUUGGGAUGACUUUAAUGAUUCCUAUGGCCUGAACUAUAACUACAGUAACGUGGACGCCGCCGCCCCCUGCCGCUCCUGCAGCCUGUUGGACGACUCCUCCUUGCCCUUCUUCAUCCUCACCAGUAUCCUGGGCAUCCUGGCCGGGGGAGCCGUCCUCUUCGCCCUCCUCAGACCUCUCUUCCACUGGCAGGUGUGCCCCGAACGGCCUUUCCUAGUACAGCUGGCCGUGGGCAGCACUCUCUUCAGCAUUGCGGUGCCCUUCCUGGCCCCAGGGCUUAAAGAGCUCCAGGGCACCCCUCUGUGCCACCUGGCCCACAUGGUCUGGUACAGCUCAGCCUUCGCCCAGGCUCUGCUGAUAGGGUGCCAUGCCUGCCUGGGCCCCAAAAUGGGCACAGGUCAGGUCCCCAAUCUCACCCUGAGGCUUGGUGUGGGACUCUGGGGAACGGCUGUCCUGCUGGGGCUGCCGGUCACCCUGGCCAGUGACACUUCUCAUGGAUUCUGCUCCCUGACAUUCAGCAAGAGCCACUGGUUUCUGCCGCUGUCACACGCCAUUGCCUGCUGCGCCAUCUUCACCUUGCUGCCGCUGGGUUUGCUGGGAGCCAAGGCGAUAAUGAAAAUACGGGGCAGGGGGCAGUGUCCCUGGGCCAAUGUCCUGUGGGCCUGGUUUGUGUUCUGGUGGCCUCAUGGGGUAGCUGUGGGCUUGGACUUCCUCGUGAGGUCCAAGGCCUUGGUCCUGUGGACAUGUCUGGCCCAGCAGGCUCUGGACUUGCUGCAGCACCUGGCGGAGGCCCUGGCCAUUCUGCACUGUGUGGCCACACCCCUGCUCCUGGCCCUGUCCUACCACCAGACCGCACGCGCCGCCCCGCCCCCCCUGCCCCUGCCUCUGAGACGGCCUUCUCAUCUGGACGCCCAGGGAGGAAAGUCCUAGCUCUCUUCCUGCCUGUCCACCUGAAUUAAAGUGUACGCUGCUUUAAUGAA